AUGAGGACUAAUAUUCUAGUGUACUCACAAAAUUCUUCAAAUGUCGAAAAAACGAUUGAAACGCUGAAAUCUAUCAUCGGCAGCCACUAUGACAUAAUUUCGGUUGACACUAAGACAUUGGAGAAUGAAUCAUGGCAGGCCACAACGUGUUGUCUGUUAUUACCAUACAGCAUUGAUUUUGCAAGUAACGAGGGUAAAGUGAACCGUCGAAUCAGUGACUAUGUGUUUAAAGGUGGAAACUAUUUUGGAUCAGGUGAUAGUGCGGCUUUUGCUACCAAGAAUAUUGAUAGAGAGCGCUUUGGUGAAGAUAACAAUCUUGGUUUCUUUUCGGGAAGUUAUAAAAGAAUGUUGUCAAUUGGAAAUGAGAUCAAGCGGCAAUUAAACAACAAAAUUGAUAAGGAAAUUUAUCCCGUAAUGCCAACUAAGCAGUUUAUGACUUGUCUGAGGGACACAGA